GUCCUCAGACUGAGCUGGGCAGGUCUGCGUUACGGAGAUUUGGUCCCACUGCCCUGUGGGACAGAAGAAAGGAGAAGUCGAAGGCAGGCCGUGGCAGAGCAAGAAAGGAGUUGCUGGCUGUACAAUGAAAACGCUUGUUCUUUUGCUGCUGGUGCUCCUGGACCUGGGGCAGGCCCAAGGAGCACUGCACAGGGUGCCCCUCAGGAAGCGUCAGUCCCUCCGAAAGAAGCUACGAGCUCAGGGCCAGCUCUCUGAGUUCUGGAAAUCCCAGAGUUUGGACAUGGUCCAGUUCACUGAGUCCUGCCAGAUGGAUCAGAGUGCCAACGAGCCCCUCAUCAACUACCUGGAUAUGGAAUACUUUGGCACCAUCUCCAUUGGCUCCCCACCACAGAACUUCACCGUCAUCUUUGACACCGGCUCCUCCAACCUCUGGGUCCCCUCGGUGUACUGCACCAGCCCGGCCUGCAAGACACACCCCAGGUUCCAGCCUUCCUGGUCCAACACGUACGGUGCAACGGGGAGACAUUUCUUCAUUCAGUACGGGACUGGCAGCUUGUCUGGGGUCAUCGGAGCUGACCAGGUCUCCGUGGAAGGACUGACGGUGGUCGGCCAGCAGUUUGGGGAGAGUGUCACAGAGCCUGGCCAGACCUUCGUGAACGCAGAGUUUGAUGGAAUUCUGGGCCUGGGAUACCCCUCCUUGGCUGUUGGAGGGGUGACCCCAGUGUUUGACAACAUGAUGGCCCAGAACCUGGUGGAUGUACCCAUGUUUUCUGUCUACAUGAGUAGUGACCCAGAAGGUAGAGCAGGGAGCGAGCUGACUUUUGGAGGCUACGACCACUCGCACUUCUCAGGGAGUCUGAAUUGGGUCCCAGUCACCAAGCAAGGCUACUGGCAGAUUGCACUGGACUCAAUCCAGGUCGGGAGCACCGUGAUGUUCUGCUCAGACGGCUGCCAGGCCAUUGUGGACACAGGGACCUCCCUCCUCACAGGCCCCUCAGGCGACAUCAAGCAGCUACAGAAGGCCAUUGGGGCUGCGCCCAUGGAUGGAGAAUAUGCUGUGGAGUGUGACAAUCUCAACGUCAUGCCGGAUGUCAUCUUCACCAUCAAUGGAGUCCCCUACAUUCUUCAACCAACUGCCUACACCCUGGUGGACUUCGUGGAUGGAAUGGAGCUCUGCCUCAGCGGCUUUCAAGGUCUUGACAUGCAGCCUCCAUCCGGGCCCCUCUGGAUCCUGGGCGACGUCUUCAUCAGACAGUUUUACUCCGUCUUUGACCGUGGGAAUAACCGGGUGGGGCUGGCCCGAGCCGCUCCCUAAAGAGGGGCCUGGGUCUGUGCCCACCUGCCUAACACCCAGGGAAAUCCAGCCGGGCCUGUUAGAGCGGGGCGUCACUCACACCUGCC